UAGACACAUAGACACGACAUUUUUUGUCAAGCAGGUCAACCAUUCCCAGCCAGCUCCCGGUGUGGCGGAAAACGGCCAUGAAUAAUAAUCACAGAAAUAGAAAUGCUUUAUUGUUCUGAAGAAAUCUGAUGUGGUAAAUCAGUGAAUUAGUGCUCCAUUUCAAUCCCUCGUAAAACAAUUUUCAUAAUGCUGUAUAUUUUCGUGAUGACAAUUUUCAGUGUUGUGUAUGCAUAUGAAAAAGAUAUGACUAUCAGUGUGCAGCCUGGUAAAAUGGAUUGCUAUUUCCAAAAAGUAUCUCCUAAAGAAGUUAUUGAUAUAGAGUAUCAGGUCAUAGACGCGACACACGGAGAACUGGAUAUAUCAUUUCAGCUGGGUGAUCCAUUAGGCCGAAUUAUAGUCGCAGAUUACAAGAAAUCAGAGAAUAGCCACCGGCAUACGGCCUCAGAAGAAGGCGAUUACAGAUUCUGCUUCGACAAUACAUUUAGCACGUUUAGUGAGAAAACGGUAUUUUUUGAUGUCAUGAUAGAUUCCGAAGAAUCGCAGGAGAAGGAUUACGAUGGCGACGAUAGGGAAUUGGAGCUUGGUAAUGCGUUAGAAACCUAUGUGAUGCGCGUUAGAGACAUAUCAGAAUCUGUGACUAGGGUCAAAGACAAUGUGUCUGCAGCUAGGAGACUGCAGGAGCUUCAUUCAGCUCACGAGGCCAGGGACAGGAACCUCGCAGAAGAAAUGUGCUCCAGGGUUUUGACAUGGUCUUUGUGGCAGAUAGUAUUGAUGAUGGUGGUGGGUAUCAUGCAGGUGGUUGUUGUUAGGAGCUUAUUUGAAGACGGACACAGUGCAAAAUACAAACGCUUUCUACCUGGACAAUGACAUAAUUUAUAUUUAUGAUGAAAAAUUUUGAAUUAUGUUGUCAAACGAUGAAACUAUGAUGAUCAAUUUCCAAAGAACAAAAUACUCUAUUUAGUUAAAUUUCAUAUUAAGAAUUUUGAAAAGUAAUCCAUCAUAAGUUUGCUUGAAUAGAAAAAGCCAAGGAUGAAUAUGUUCCUUAUGAGAAUAGAAAUGUGGAGGCUAUGAAGAAUGGUCUUGAGUUUUAUGGGCUCGAUUAUGUGAGAGAAACAAAGGUGUUUGUGCCUUUUGUGAGCUCAAAUUUAUAUCACAAAUGAUUAUGAAGAGAGAUGAAUGAAAUAGCAUUACACCAAAGUUAUGUGUUAAAUGAAGACAAUUGUUACCAGUUUUUGGAUUUAUAUUCUAACCUAUAAAUGGUUUAAGUUUGGUUCUCUGUUGCAUUGAAAAUUGUUUUCAAUUAGUUAUGGUCUUCUGCAUGUUUUUUCAAGUUUUGUGUGAUCUUGGUAUUAAUUAUACAGCCUCGUGAGUUGGA